AUGUCGCAUACGACGAUCCCGGCGGAUGUCCGCUCCGGCGUCCGUCGGCCACAAGACAAGGCACGGUACGACUCUUGGCGGAGCGUGGUCGUGGGGGAGGCAGUGGACAACACGGCGGGCAACGGUGAGUGGACCGAGGUUAGGCGUCGAAGACUGCCGCAUUCAAGAGGGGCUCACGCCUCUACGGCCAGCCGCCCCAGUGCAUUGAAGACGGAGAGUGAGAUCCCUCGGUGGCUGCAGGGCCGCUGCUUCAAGUGUCUCGGCCUGGGGCACCAGAAGGCUGCUUGCAGAGGGGAGACAAGGUGCUUCAACUGCUGGUUUCCUGGGCACAUCGCCAGAUCCUGCAAGGAAGGAGUAGGUCCGGAGAAGGCAGCUGGAAGGAUGGGGCAACCAUUGCAGCAGAGGCAGCGGCCAGGGGCGACGGUGUUGCAACGGGAGGUGCAGCAGGAUCCGCCAUGUAAAGCAGAGGAGGUGUUGAAGAGGCGCCAAGAUCCACUGCGCCAAGGAGACAAGGGUCAGCAAGAAGCUCUUGGCAAGAAGACGUGCGACACACACCCGACGGCGCAGGGGAAGGUGGCCGGGCAUCAGAUAUGCGCGGCAGAGCAGUCCGAGUUCGUGGAGGAGUAUCGCGUCGGCGACCCCGGCUACCGUCCGGCAAGGGGUCGCUGUGUUCUCUCCUGGACUAGGGGGAUGGAGCGCAACGAACGCUGGCUCGGGGAGCACGCGCUCCUCGCGUCGGUUCUCAUGGGCCGACCACCGGUUUCUCCUGGCGAACUACUGGAGGCCAUCGAGCACAGCACUGGCGUCCUCGCACGCGACGUCCGCGUGGAGGUGACACGCACGGAGGAUUUCCUCGUCUCCUUCCGCAACACAAGAGACAAGAACGCAGUGUUCAGGCGAUCGCAAGAGCUCCUCUGCAACGAUGUGCCAAUCUCCUUCAAGCUCUGGAGCAGGCGGAGCUGGGCCACCAGUUCUGAACUGAUGUUCUUCACCAAGAUCGCCUUCGACGGCCUUCCAGUCCAUGCGUGGGAAGAGGAAGCGAUGCACAAGCUCGUCAACGUCCUUGGCGGCCGGCUGGUCGCGCUGGUGCCGGCAGACGACGCGCGGUGUUUGGAGGCUUUCGCGUGGUUCAAGGACCCUGCAGGCCUCCCGCACCGCUACGACGUUGAGAUCCCGGAGCGAGCGGGCGCAGCUGGCUCCUGGCGCGAGAGUUCUUCCUCGGCUCUGCCGCCGGCGCCAAGACGGGUGCCAACCCUCGUCUACCCCGUCAUCAUACAUGUGGAAGAAGUGAUCGACCCUACGCCGCUGCACAUCGCGCGCCGUCUGCCUGAUGACCACGACGGUGACGUCGUUCCACGUCGGAACGCGUUCUCGUGUUGGGUGGGGCGGUACGAUGGCUCUGGUCCAUGGGGGACGGAGCAAGGAGGGGGCCAUGUCUUCGGGGGCGCUAGCGGCUCGGCGGGGGGCUUGGACCGCCGCUCGCACCGUUCUCUGCCCGGAGCUGAGGAUCGUGAGCAGGAAUCUCUUCAGGGAGGCGCUCGCGGUACAGUCGUGGAGUCGGCCACCAGGGAGACUAGGUCCGGUUCCGCGGCGUCGGCGCAACCCGGCAAGCAGCCGGACGACCUGGCGUUGGUCCUUGCGACCCAGUUCCAUGGGGCGGCGACCUGGGAGGAUUCGCGACCAGCCACCGAGGAGGAGAGAGGUGCGACCGCAUUGAAGGCAAAGGAGCACGCCGCGCCGGGAACAGUGCCCUCGGGAGCACUGGGCGGGAGCUCGGCUUCCAAAUCGCCAGCCGGUGGGCUCAUAGUCUACGGCCGAAGGCCAAAUAAGACGGUGCCUAAGCGCCCAUCUCGCGUGGAGGCCCAAGCAAAUGUUGACUCCCACGACCAGGCCUCGGAGACCGGCCCGGCUAGCUUCACGCUGGGUCUCACACAGGCAGAAGCCCACCAGAAUGCGACGAGCCAGGAGACAGUAGUUGAGGCGGCCCAACAACGGGCGCUGGUGACCCCAUCCACUCCGGCCCCCAAGAUCCAGGACUUCAUCCAAUCCAUCUCGCUGUCGCCACCAGCGUCUAUCCUAGGGCGACCACCGCCAGCGUCGAUGCUGGCGACCAGAUCCUGGCGCCGCAACACCAUUCCGGCCGAUUUCACCCCAUGGCGAAGUCCGCGAAUCUCGCUGCAAGGAAGCGGGGCUCACAAGCACGUCAUCUCCAAAGCUCAGAAGGUCAUUAUGAAGAAGUUGGGGAUGGUGGAGGAGGAAGAGGAGGCAGACCAGGAGGCGGUGCGGCGGUACAUCGGCCUCUUCGACCAUCCGCUAUCGCCGCAGCACUUGGAGGCGAUGGCCAGCCUGCUCGACGUCGACAUCUCCCCGCGCGCCCAGCAGUUGCCAGAGGAGCUAGCUCGUGCAGCAGCGGCACCAAUUGCUUCGCCAGCCUGAUUCUGGCCAGGGCAUUGGUAAGAGUAGAAGUCUUUCGUUGUUACCAUGUCGGGUUUUAAUGUACUGAUUUGGAAUGUGAGGGGGCUGAACAAUCCUGCUAAGAGAGCCCUAGUUAAGGAGUCAGUUUUAUCCUCUAAAGCUUCUAUUGUGUGUUUUCAAGAGUCUAAAUUGGAUGUGGUCGAUGCGGGCAUAGUGUAUCAACUCUGUGGCCCUGGUUUUGAUGCUUUUGCCGCACUUCCGGCAGAACACACCAGAGGCGGUGUAAUUGUAGCUUGGAAA